CCACCCUUGGCUCCUCCUUGGGAAAAGAGAAGAGGGGAUGCCAGUCUCCGAGGUUGCUCUGCACCCGCAGGGAAUCAAGUGGCCCAACUCCAAACUUGGGCUUUGUGGAGGGGGAGUAAGGGAGGGAAAAAACAUGUAAGUAACCUUCUAGGUCCAAGUGGAAGAAGACACUGGAAAUCGAGACACUGAAUUCAGGUCCCGGUGCAGGGAGGGCUGAGUCCAUCUUGUGGAUGCUGCUGGCUCCAUGGUUCCAACCCGGAGGCUGUGGAGGACUGCCAGGGGUUCUGACCUCAGCUAUUUCUCACCCCAGGGUGAAGGUGGGACCAGACCCGCCCUUCCCUGGCUUCCUAUAAGGGCACAGGACCUGGGACUGCCAGGUCACACACCAUGAGGCUGUCUAGAAGGCACAGGACCUUCCUGCUGGCUUUCACACUGCUCUGCACCCUGUUGGGUCUCGGGUGCUCUCUGAGCUGCGAAGUGUGCAAGAGUUCGGGACACACAUGCAGCGGGAAAAUGAAGACCUGCGAAGCCGGCAAAGACGCAUGCGUGGUUCUCGUGGGCGAGUCCAGCACAAAGGGCCGAAAGUCAGUGAACACCUUCAAGACCUGCAUGAAGUUUAAAGACUGCUACUCCGGCUUCGUAUCUACCACCAUGAGCCCCAAUGACUACAUGGUGUCCAACGCCCACUGCUGUCAGAGCGACGGUUGCAACAGUGUCCUGGUGCCCCGUAAGUGCCACCCCGACAACAGUAUGCCCGCCCUGUGACAUCUGCCAAGCAAGCCCUUGGCUGCUUCGGGGCCUCGGUUCCUUCCCUGAGUGGCAGACCA